AUGGCGAGCGUUCAGCAAGGAGAGAAACAGCUUUUUGAGAAGUUCUGGCGAGGAACCUUUAAAGCUGUGGCCACCCCGCGUCCAGAGAGCAUCAUUGUCGCCAGUAUCACGGCCCGCAAGCCGCUGCCAAGGACAGAACCCCAGAGCAGCCCCAUGGUCCCAGCUCAGGAUGGACCCUCGGAAAAGCUGAGCCAGCAUUUGGCCUCCAAGGUCUUGGGCACCAACAGCUGGGACAGAGGCAAAGCCUGCCGGGAGCCCAGUCCUGCCACAGCACGCAGUGCCUCCCGCAGCAAAGACUUGACGCCUCUACCUUCCUCCAGGGGGAAGAAAAAAAAGAAGAAAGCUACCCGGAAGAAGAGAAGGAGGUCCCCAUCUUAUAGCCCAUCACCUGUCAAGAAGAAGAAGAAGAAAAGUUCCAAGAAACAUAAGCGACACAGGUCAUUCUCCAAGAAGAGAAGGCACAGCUCCUCCAGCCCAAAAAGCAAAAGAAAGGAAGAGAAGAGGCACAAAAAACAAUCGCGAAGCCGGCCCCGAAAAUCUCGCCGCCACCGCCAUCACCACUGCCCCUCACGGUCCCAGAGCUCAGAGUCCCGCUCCUCAAGCUGCGACAGCAGGCACCGUGGCCGGUCCCCCGAGGGAGGGCGGAAGUCCCGUCGAAGGCACUCUCGCCGCUGCUCCAAGACCCUCUGCAAGGCCAGCCCAGAGGCCCGGUCCAGCCCCCAACCCAGCCAGCCCCUCCAGAUGCUCAGCUUCCUGUCAGCCAGGGGUGUAAUCACUGGGCCGGGGUCUGCUGCCGGCCUCUUUACCAAAACAGCCAGCCCGCUCAGCACCUCCCGAGGACGCUCCCAGGAGUAUGACUCAGGCAAUGACACCUCCUCGCCACCCUCCACGCAAAUCAGUUCAACCAGGUCCCGGGGUCAAGAGACGGGGAGCCCCAGUGGGGGCCUAAGCAAGAGCCGGGACCCCAACAGUGGAAACACCUCUGACUCAGGGAACUCCUUCACCACUUCCUCACCCCAGAACAAGGGGGCCACUUUGGAGAACCUCUCCCCCACCAGCAGGGGCAGAGAGUCAAGAGGAUUUCAGUCACCAUGUCAGGAAUGCAGCGAGGUGAAGAAGUCCAAUUUGGUCCCAUCCACAGCCCGGAGCUCCCCCAUGAGAGGGUGCUCCCGAAGCUCCUCCUACGCCAGCACACGCUCCUCCAGCCACUCCUCCCGAUCCCCAAACCCCAGAGCCUCCCCCAGGUACACCAGGAGCCGAUCCACCUCCUCUGGGAAAAGGUCCUCCUCGCGCUCUCCCAGCUAUUCCUCCAAGUCUGGCAAGAGAAGCCCGCCUAGCAGAAGCUCUAGGUCGCGCCGCAGCCCAAGCUACUCCCGCUACAGUCCCAGCAGGGAGCGGAACCCCAAGUACAGCGAGAAGGAUUCGCAGCAACGCGAGCGCGAGCGAGUUCGGCGGAGACGUCGGUCCUACUCGCCCAUGAGGAAGCGCCGGAGAGACUCCCCGAGCCACCUGGAGGCGCGGAGGAUAACGAGUGCCCGGAAACGCCCCAUCCCCUACUACCGGCCCAGCCCCUCUUCGUCCAGCGGCCUCAGCAGCACCUCCUCCUGGUACAGCAGCAGCAGCAGCCGCUCAGCCAGUCGAAGCUACUCCCGGAGCCGCAGCCGCAGCCGCAGCCGCAGCCGGAGCAGGACCCUCACUAGCAGCAGCUGCAGCUCCCGCAGCCCCAGCCUGGGCUCCCGGAGCCGGAGCCGGAGCCGGAGCCGGAGUCGGAGUGGGAGCUACAGCUCAGCAGACAGCUACUCUAGCACGAGGCGCUAA